AUGUACGCCGCUCAGAAUAUAACGCCAACAGUUUUGGAUGCCAUGAACGGAAAUGUUUCCGAAUGGUAUAACGAAUGCGACAAUGCCAUUAGAAGGUCAGAAAUAGUUCCUGGAACUUACGAAUAUACAACUGCUGUUUCUUAUGGAAACGUAGGUGAGUUUGGAGAAGGUUCUUCAACAACAGUAGAUAUUGCUUGCGACAGGUUUCAUAUUAUUUCUAUUGACAACUCAUUCUUAUACGUGGAACAAGACAUUGAAAUAAAACCUUCUGCCAAGUUGUCUGACAAGAAAGGUUGCAAUGGAAUUUUCUAUGUCGGAUACCAAUAUGCUCCAGAAGUUUUCAUGGGAUAUAAGAUAUAUUCUAACUCUGACUUAGUUCAAACAGUAACAUGGGCAAACUAUGAAUGGUUCGCUUUGAGAAACUCAGUACAACCACAAGCUAGAGAACAAACAGACCAGUAUGCAACUAUUGAGAAAAUAAGAAGACUUGACCCUAACGUUCCAGGAGUUUAUGUUAACCUUUCUGGUUCAGAUGGAACUGCUGCCACUAAAGUAAAACUGAAACUUAGAGUUCCUUUGUCAUCUUUCCUCAUCUUCAGGUUUUUAAGAUACUUGCCAAACUGGGCAGGAAAAAUUUCUAUCGAACUUACUCCAAGCAAAAAUAACUUAGUCAUUGCACCAACACAAGACCCAUUCACUAUUACAGACGUAAAGGGAACAAAUCAAACGUCAUUCGCCGAAUUUUGCAAAGACAAAGUUGACUUAGACUUUGGUUUCUCAAACUUCAACAAUGAAGUAAACUAUUAUUUCAAUGCUGCUGGAACUGCUUGGGACCCAGUUAAGUUCACAUGCGAAAAGUUUGAAUGCAAGAGAAUAGAAAGCAGACUUGCAGUCUAUAUGUUGGACCCAGAUAUUUCAAAUGCUUUAGCUGCCAAAUAUAUUGCAGUUCCACUUAU